UAUACGGGCGGGAUUGGAAGCAUCCAAAACGCGUAGGUGACGAGGGUCGAGGUUGUUGUAUAGAAGCGGAACUGGGUGACAGCGAUGUGCAGCUCAGAAGGAUGAAGGCGGGGCUAGUUGCUGGAAGUGUUGCCGGACUGUGUUACGUUGAGCUAUUUUACCCGUGUUGAAUGGACAUCUAGACAGCUUGGCGCCGACAGGGCUUGUGUGCUAAUCAACGUCGUGUAACCAACGAUGCCAUCCGAAGACGAUUCAGACCGGACGACGAUGAUGGAAUUGUGUGUUAGUAGAGAAUGGUUGAUGCAAGAACUCCGUUCUAAUCCUUCCAGACUUAUAAUAUUGGACUGUAGAAGCUCGAACGAAUACGGUGAAUCCCAUAUUCGUCACGCUGUAAAUUUUAGCAUACCAAGCAUCAUGCUGAGACGACUUGCCGCAGGGAAAAUAGACUUGAUGUCCACCAUUAAAUGUCGCGAGUUGAAAACAAAAAUAAUGAAUGCAUACAAGGAGAAUAUAUUUGUCGUGUACGGAGAUUUUGUUGUCACAGAUCAGCAACAACAGAGAAGUCAAGCGGCGGGCUUCACUUCCAGCGAUACGCUUCAUGUUCUAGCCAAGCGACUGGCACAAGAUGGCUGCCAGGUUUUCUGUUUGGAAGGAGGUUUCACGUCGUUCCGGUCGGGCUACCCGGAGUGGUGCGAGAGCUGCACCGAGCUGAUGGUCUCCUGCGCCGGCUCGGCGGACGUGGUGGCCGUGCCGCUGAUGGGCCUGCGCAGCCUCAGGAUAUCCUCCACUGCUCAGCACUCCAAGCGUCAACCACAUUUCCUGGACUCAUCUUGCUCAUCUGCAGCUACGAGCAGCACAGAUUCCUCUGACUCGGAUGACCGCUGUGACUCGUCGUUGGGGCUUGAAGACGACAGAGACUUCCCGGUGAAGAUCUUACCGCACCUCUUCUUGGGGAACCAGUCAACGUCAGCGGACAGCGAGGCACUCAACAGGCACAACAUCCAGUACAUCCUCAACGUCACAGCUGAUCUACCCAAUGUGUUCGAAGGCUCUGGCGUAAUCAAGUACAUGCAAAUACCGAUCGCCGAUCACUGGAGUCAGAACCUUGCCAGCUUCUUCCCGAAAGCAUUUGAAUUUAUAGAUGAGGCUCGGUCCAAUGAGAAAGGGGUUCUCGUACAUUGCUUGGCCGGAGUGUCGCGUUCAGUCACAAUUACGGUCGCUUACCUCAUGUACAAAUUAUCGUUGAAUCUCAAUGACGCUUUCAACCUGGUGGGAAGCCUCAAGUCAAACAUCGCGCCAAACUUCCACUUCAUGCAGCAGCUGCACAGCUUCGAGCAGGAGCUCGCAAUACAGUCCAAGUUGGGCGACGGGGGCACCAGGAAAGUGGAAGCGCCGGCCUCGGCAGAGGGGAAGAGCCAGGAGAAGAAGCAGAACCCGACUCAGACGUCGACGGAAAGCGCUUGUUCGUCGUGCGGUCCCGAAUGCAAGUGCGGUGCCAAUUUCUUGAGCCCGCUGGCGAUCGGAACGAGCCCGGACAGUGGUAUUGAGUUCGACAGGUGGACUACCUCGGGCUCUGGUGAGUGAGAUCAACUGGGGGGGACACACUGGCACUUCUAACUUCAUAUUGAAUCAUGCAAUUAAUAAAACCAAAUUGUAAAAAGAAAAAUAUUUCUCGGAAAAUAUUUACAUGGAAAUCAAUUUGAGAGUGCAGUUUCCCCCCCAAGUCAGUAGGUUUGCUGAUGUUUAAAGUUAUUAAAACGUUUGCCAAACUCUGUAUUUCUCCUGGCAGGAAUGGAUCAGAGUAACAAGUAAGUCUGCUUGUAAGCAGUACUGUUGGUUUUAAAAGCUGAUAGGGGUUGUCAGGAGAAAGUUAAUGUCAUGUUUGAAAUUGUGUUGUUGGAAAAAGGUGUUUGUUGUUAAGAAGAGUUGAUGAUAAAAUAAUGGUGCAAACCUGAGAGUAUUAUAAAUUUUUUGUUAUACGUGACGUGAAUGUGACAUUUGUUUCAAAUAUACAUUGGCAUUGGAAAAACCCUUUAGUUUUUGUUGAAGUACUGACUACAUAUUUUUGAUAUAAUCAUUUGAAUAUUCACUAGAUAAAUGCCACAUUGAAUGAAGAUUGAUGGGAACCCACAUUAAUAUUUCUUGGCAGUUUAUUCAGUUUCUUCCCUGAGGUGUAUAAAAUAGUCUCAAUAUCCUUUUUAUAGAAACAAUUACUUGUGGCAUUUUAUGAUUGAUAUAUCUAGUCAACUUCAUCAUAUUGGUAGUUCUAGUCAGACUGAAAAGAUAAAUGAUGCAUAUAGACUUUUCAUUUUAGUUACUUAGCUCUUAAACAGCUUUUCAAAUGCAACAUUAAAAUUCUCAAUUGGCUACCAAAAAACUUAAAUUGCAUACAUAUUCACUUGAAAACAAGACGAGAGUUUUUCGUUGAUAGAACAUCCAUAAAAUCAGCUUUUGUCUUGCAACUGACGGCAAACUAUUUCAACAAACAUUUACGUAAGGUACUCUGUGUAGUUAAAGAAAAUUGUUUAAAAUUACAGACUUUCUAUUUAUUUUGACCAGAAGCAUUAUUAAUGACAUAAUGACAUUAAAUUUUGUUACAUUUUCAAUUCUCAUACAGAUUUGGGCAAGAAAUUAUUUUUUUAUUUCUGUGCAAUGACUCCCUACUAAGCAAGGAAAGGAAAACAAGGUGAGUAAAUGUUUCCUGGAACCUUGACUUGUAUAAUUUGGGGUAGUCUUUCAUUCAGGGUCUACUUAUUUUUGGGUGAAUACUGUACUAUCAUGACUCAUUUUCUAUAUGUAAGCUAUUUAACAAAAUAUUUUGGUUGCUGCAUUCUGUUCCAACAGGUAAUAUAUAUAUUCCAAUGUUUAUUUAAUGUUUUUGACAAACAUCCAGUGCUGUCAAGUUGAUUAUAAAAAUUGUCAUGCAAUAUGAGAGUUCACGUAAGCAUUUAUAUAAAACUUAUCCAUUAAUUCCAUGCAAAAUCUCUCUGAUUUUGUUAGCAAUAGUAAUUUUUUAAUUACAAUUAAAUGUUUUACCUUGUGACCAACAAAAGGUUUAAAUUUAUUAAUUGAUUUAGAAACUGACUUUAUUUGUGAUUGGACAAAUGUUGCAUCAAACUCACUGUGUGAUCCAUGGAGAACGUGGUUUUACUGGUUUUAAAUGUAGUGUGUCUAGACCAAAGAUUAUAAGAAUGUGCUUUAUGUAAUAAUUUCUACUAAUUCAUUAGAUUCUUCUAUUGGACAGCUAAUUUAGUGUUGUCAUAAUUUCCAAUUUUGUUUUCUUAAUGAAAUUCUGAUAGAAAUAUGCAGUCCAAAUAAAGACUAAUGAAAUAAAGGAUGAGAAAUUGUUAUAGAAAUGUUGUUUUAAAAAUAAAUGUGAUGUUGCACUAUAAAAAACUGAAGCUUUAACAAGUUAAUGUGAUGUCAGAAUACUUUUAGCAGAUUAGGAUAAUAAUCACAUAUUCUCUCUUGAAUGCCUUAAGAAAUUUUUUCAGAUUUUAUGUAGAUGAAAAAAUAAUUAUAAUUAAAUUGAAUGUUUUACAUUCUGACCAAAAAGAGUGUAAAUUUAAAAACAAUUAUUAAGAAAAGUUUUUUUAUUGGUGAUUUUAAAAUUUUGCUUGUCUUACUCUGAUGAAAUAUACUUUUAUAUUUUCAUUGUAUAAUGUGAAAAUUUAAGUUUUUUUUUCAUAGUGAUUAAAUUAAUUUUUUUUUUAAUUUUCUAAGAAAAAGACAAUUUUAUUUCCACUUAUAAUACCAUUCCAAGGCCUUCAUUCUCCUUAACUUUUUUGCCAUUACCGGAUGAGAUUUUUUUAAUGGGUGCUAGUCAUUUGUUGAAUGCCACCUGCAGUUCUUGCUGUGAACUGCGCAUCGUGUAUGCAGCUCAUGUCUGGAAAUAGCUUCACUAACCUCGUAUGGGUUGUACUUAAAGCUACAGAGCUUAUGUUAUUCAUGCAGUUCUUCCAUUUACACAUGUGAAGUACAUUUGGGAUUGUGGUUUUGUUCAGUAGCGAGCAUUAUUCGACCUUGAUGUAUUAAGGGCUGCAGCCGUAUCAGCAUCCAUUUAGUCUUGUUUUCUGUGAAUAUACAAUACAUUUGUCAUUUUGUAUCCUAAUCGAGGCUCUCGUAGUUUAGGAUUCACAAAUAAUAAGCGCACAGGUUGAUGUUCAAUGUGAAGUGUGUGUGUGUGUGUUUGUGUUCAGGUGAUCGUAAUUCACCAGUAUGAGUGUGGAUAACACAUCAACUCAAAAACAUCGCACAAUCCUAUUAAAUGUUGGAGGAAAAAAAUAAAGCUCUUAGUUUAUUGAAACUUUUAACAACCUUCUAAAUUGUGGUCUGUUUGAAAUUUUGAUUAGUAUUAAAUGCACCUCUUAAUUCUUUUGGGCAGUGUCAAAUCUUUUUUGUAAAUUCAUCCCAAACUUGAAUUUUUAGCUUAAAUUUCUUAUGCGUAUUUGCAAAGGUUUAAUCCUAGUUUAUACUGUUUUUAAGUUUGUAAAGAUAGUUGCUCAUUGAUAGGAAAAUAUAUUUAAUGAUAUAAGUUCAUAUAAUGUAAAAUAAAUAGUAUUUUAAAAUAUAAAUUUACCCUUACAAGAACCAGUGUUCUUUAAAUGUGAUAGAUUGCACAAUUUAUGAAGCCUAUUUCAGAGAGUAGAUUAGUGUGUUAGAGAGGUUAAUUAAUAUUAAUUCAUGAGUAAAAUCUGGAACAAAACAUCAAACCACAACUACAACAAUGAAUUAUUCGGAAAAGGGGGGUGGGGCGGGGGGGGGGGGGCAUUUACUAUCUUUUUAAGGUGAUGUUAUCCCAGUCCUUGGCUGGCUGCAUUGGAAAUGGCAUUACCUAGAUACCAUCUUUAUCCCUCAGAAUAAAAUAGCUGACUAAUUACAGAAAAUGUAUGAAAAAGAGGUUAAUUCAGACGUUAAAUAUAUCUAGAGCAGCAGUUGCUGUUAAAACAUCCUUGAGUUAAAUAUUUUGUUAAAAUUUUCUGAAAAGUUAUAAUCAUAUUAUAUAAUGUUGUAAUUACAAUAAAAUAUAUCUUUAUUCUUAGCAUACUCCAAAUUCAGUUAUAUUCUAUCUUAGGAGAAUAUUUAUUCUGUUUUAUUUCCUUAUUUUUAAAAUUAUACUUAAAAACUCCAACUGCUUCUAUUUAAAAUUAUUUAAAAAUUACUUUUGGAAAAAUUUGCAUAAAUUAAAUUAGGAUUUGCUUGAAUUGUAUUGAUAUAUUAUUUGUGCCAAAACAUUGGAUCCUUAUUUAAGUGUCAGCUUAUAAAAAAUAGGGCAUUUAUAUAAAGUACUUGUUAUUGUCAAACAAAUGUAAGAACAAAAUAUGAUAGUAAAGAAUAUUUUAGUUAACAUGACGUGACUAAUGCUAGAGGUUGAAAGCUUAUAUUCGAUAGUGACAUUAAUAUUUGUUAUUUUCUUCAUAAACUUAAUAGAAAGCACUAAGAAGUUGUAAAAUUUUUUGUUAAAAUAUUGUAAACAAAACUUUUAACACAAUCAGUGAUUGGCAUUUAGCAAAUUUUUUGAUGAUGAUAAUAAUAAUAAUAAUAUUUGACUAAAAAUCUCAUUAAAAAAAUUUGUGUAUUUAAAAUGAGACCAGCACAAAAAUUAGAAAGAAAAUAAGGUACAUAUUACUUCUUUGAUAAACAAAAGUUUCUUUAAAACUUAAGCUUUUUUCAUUCAAACACUUGUCAAAGCAAGGCUAAUACUGUGUUGUCAAAUCAUCUCACCUUAACUGUAAUCCGUUAACAACAGUGAGUGAAUAGUUGUAUCAAUACUGCUGCUCCUGACACAUGAUUGGCCCGCCCCCUUAUUACUACUUGGCUGCAUCUCACUCGGCAUUGGAACAGAACAAUUACAAACUUGUGUCUCAAUCCAGAAGCCAAGAUAUUUUGAUGAUGACUCUUCUACACGAUGGCCUCUGAUGCAGUUAUUAGAUGAUGCUUCCAAAACCAAAUUAUUUGGAUUAACACUCUGUUUUCCUGAAACAAAUUGUAGUGUUACUUCGAAGGGUGAAUGUACUCAAUAUGAAUCAUGAAAUUUUCAAGGUGACAGCCAAAAAAAAGUUUAUAUUUCUUCUACAGAAGUAUAAAGGAUGAAAUCUAUGUUAAAGGUAGAAACAUUAGUUGAUAUCUAGUACAGUAGGCAUAAAAAUACUUUGUAUUUCUCAAACUUCAAUGUUUCUUUAAUGAAGUUUAAUUUUUUUCUUAACCACAGAAUUAAUUUAGAAGCUCUGUUUUAAAAAAAUAAAUAUCUAUGUACAUUUAAACACUUGACGUGUUUUUUUCCUCCUUAUUCACCACAAUGUAAAACGGGAUAGUCUUUGUUACAUAUUUUUAGCAUUCUGUGGUGAAUGCAUACUUUUUUUUUAAAUAUUUCUUCUACUCACAAAUUCAAAUGCAAAUACACACUGUAUGUACCCAAGAUACUUUCUGGCAAGUCAAUUAGUGGCAUGCGCAGUCGGCUUGUAGCUUUCUACUGUUGCACAUUACCAGGGCUCUUCACAGCAAGCUUCUUUUCACAGGCAAUAAUAAUAUCAGUGUGAAAAGUGUAUUACUUUUCUGUUCUAGUAAGUAGCCAAAUAACGCUCGUUACAAACUACUCGUUUUUUCAUCAUCCUUGCGUAGCUCUGUAGCACAAGGGGGCACUGCCUGCCUGGUGUUAUUUCUUGAAAGUAGCUAGACAAUCUAAAGCUCAAAAGUGUUCAAGAUAAUGUAUGAAUGAUGCAAGAUAUAACUUGAUAUAAGUCAUACUAAUAAUUACAUUUAACCUAAUAUUUGGGUAUCAUAGUUACCAAGUUACAUCACAUGACACAAUGUUAGUGUUUCAAAUUUUUGUAGUUUUUCCAUGUCCUUCCUUCCUCAUUUUUGUGAAUAAAGUUUGUAAGUGCAGCUUUUUGACUUCACUUCUGUAUGCCAAAUGGUGAAAAAGUGUGUGCUAAUUGAAGCUUUAUACAAUUUUUUCCUAAAAUGAACUGUCUUGUUUUUCAAGUGUAGCAAGCGAGCGUGAAAUGUGUAACUUUUUAGUGUUGGCACAGAUAUUAUUUUUGUCUAUUGUGCACUUCACACUUUUUUUUGUGAAAAAAACUUUUUUGGUGUAAUAACUAGGAUGUUGUUAAUCUUUGAAGUAAGUGCUUUUGGGCAUUUCAAAAGGUACAUGUUUUAAAUAGUGUUAGAAAAUGUUGACAAGUUGAAAAAAGUAGAAUAAUGUUUGUUAUAAAUGUGCCAUAUGUUCAUUCAUCCAGAUGAUUAUAUGGACCACAUAAAUUAUUAAUCAGUCAUAUAUAACUGUGACAUUGUGUCUUGUCACUUAUAAAAGUUGUAUCUUGUUGCUGUCCAAAGGGUUGAGAAACAUGAUUAUGCCUGCCAAUUCAUACAAUUAAAAGUAUUGCAAGUUUCCAAGGUAUUUUUCACCUUUUUCCCCUUGAAUAUUUUAUUCUUUGAAUUGAUGCCAUAAUUGACCGCUAACUCUUCCCAUAGAAAACUAUUGGUCUGGUUUUUAUUUCCUGAUUAUGAAGAAUGUUGCUAAUUUUUACAGUUUUCUUUGCAAACAUAAGCUUUUUUUUUUGUUUAAUGCAAGAAGCUGUUAGUCUUAUACACAAAAUGUGCAGUUGAUUUUGUAAAAUGUGUUUUUCCGUUAGGGGCUGGGCACAGUAAAUGUAGUCGUGAAUAAGCUAUGUUCAUCAUGAUGUUGCCUAAGGUAUGCCUUCCAUUUGGUGCUGUAAAGCCUAGUAACAGAACUGUUUGCUGGAUUGAGUGUGUCUUCAAGACCUUAAGUUUAUUGAAAUGUUGGCAUUAUAUUAUAUUCUAGGGAUACUAAAAAUACAUAGAAUGUUUUUUUUUUUUUUUAAAUGAUCCCACAAAAUUUACUUUUAAGAAUCUACAACACCAUGUUCAAAUAUUGGGCAGUAAAUUAUUUAAGAUGUCUUCCAUUGUGACCACUUAGUCCACAAAAUGUUUUCUUGAUCUUCAUUUGUGUAGGCAUUCUGUCUGAGAAUCAUAAACAAACAACUUGCUGUACUCAUCAGUUUCAGUGAUAUUUAUGACCUUUACCUGUGUGCAGAAGCUAAAGCAAAUGUAUUUUUGCCUUUUUUUGCUUAACUAUCUUCUACAGUCAUUGUUAUUCUAUGCACAUUGCAUUUGAAGGUAGGAGGAGAUGCCAGUUAAAUAAAAAAUUUUACCCAAAUUAAGGGCAAAUUCUGCAUGCUAUUCAAAAUUAGUUCUCUCAUGAAUUCAAAUUUUCCCUGUAAGUAGUGAGGUUGCAAACCAUGUAAUUUUGAAUAUUUUUGAAAUAUUAUUAUUAUCUUUGCUUGGAACAAUUUAAGAUACAGUAUUGUAUGAAUUGGAUUUCUUAAAAUCUUGUGGACUUCACACUUGAGUGCUGUUAAAUCUUUAAAAUAUUUAAAAAAGAGUUCUUAAAAAUAUGUGAAAUCAAGUUGUGUAUGUAUUUGUAUAUCAUAACAGAAGUUGUUAGUUAAUAGAAAAUGCUUUCUUUACCAUUUUAUUCAGCCACAAUAAAUGUUACAUGGCUAAUGUUUAACUAUUGACUUUGCAAGAAUUUGAUUUUACACAACAUAUAAAAUAAGUUCACUAGAAUUAAAUGUUUUGUACUGAUGUCAAAUAUUCAUAAAUGUCGUUAAUGUGUAAAUAAAAUUUUGAUUAUGUUGUCUUGUGUAAAAGGUGCAAAUGUGAAGCAGAAUUCAUGAUGUGUAUUUUUGAAUUGGUUAUUGAUAAUUCUGUUUUGUAGUUAAUGUUUAGUUCAGUUAGCUUUAAAUUUGUGAAUAAUUAGUUUUAGCUUGACACAUAUUUUGGCUAAUUUUUUUUACCUACUGCUGUUAAUAUUUAAACAAGUUUGUGUGUAUCAGAUUAUUGAAACUGACAAGCAAUAAUUCUUUAAAGCUUAAACAAUUAUCUGUAGAAAUAAUGCAGUUUCUUUGUAUUUCAGAAGUGGGACAUUUUGAUGCGGACCUCCCAAUUUGCAAGUUGAGGUUUUUAUACUUUAGUCACAUUGUUUUUGCUUUGCACAAAUUUUCUGUAUCCCUGAUAAUACUCGUGGCAUAGAUUUCCUUCCCCGUUGUCAUAAUUCUGUUAAUUUUGCCAAAUCAUUACUGGUGCCUUGAGAAGUGGAGGAAUCGAAAACCAGGUUUUAUUUGAAAAAUUCACAAAUCAAUUGGUGGUAGGUGGUUCUAGUUAUUUGGGCUGUAAGAUGGCAAUAAUUGCUGAAAAAAAUGUAAUAAAAAGAGUUCAUUAACACAGUCUAAAAGUAUAUUUCUGCAAAAUAAUAACAUUGACGUUAAAGUAAUUAAGUUUAGAAAUUAAAAAUGUUUUAUUUAUAGUGUAGCUAUUUUUGGAAGUAAUACAUGGACUACUGGUAUUAAUUGAAGCUUUUAAAAUGUGGGGUUUCGUAGGGAUACAGAAAAUUGAAUAAAAAGCUUUAAAAAAAAUGAAAAUGAAGUAUAAUGUGUUUGCUACAUUAGUUGGACAUAUUUAAAGGCAUCCAGGGUUAGUGAAAUUAGCAAUGGAGGUAAGUUGAAUGCAAGAAUCACUAUAAUAUGUGAAUUAGAUAGUAAAUAGAUGUGAAGUUAGCUAAAGAAUAGGAAUGAGGUUGGAUAAGAAGGCAUGGAGUGCUACAUAGUAAGUUUGGAUGCUGAUAACUUGGGCAGAAGCAACAAAAACAAAACAAAUAACAUUUUCAAAGGCCAUGAAUAAUUCCAGGAAAAGGUAGCGACAUGAAAUUGCUGUCACGACUUUCUGGUUGCUACUUGAUUUGGUAUGUGUUUACCUGGUGAUGUACGAGCUGGUUUGUAUGUGCAGAGGGAAAAAUUGUUUCCUAGGCAACUGCUUUAAGAAAACAAAGAAUUGUAACACAAAUACUCGUAGCUGCUGCUUUUAGGAAUACAUCACGGAGAGAAAAUACUUUUCUGUGCCUACAUUCCGCUCACAAUAAUUUGCUUACAGUAAAAGUUUCAUUGGUUCCCAACAUAAAAUGGAAAGUUUGUGUUUUUUUCUUUCUGUUUGCUUUGACAAAAAAUCAGCUCCUGAUAAUUUUGACUCUUACUUUGUGUUAGGUGAACAGUAUUUCCCCCCCCCCCCCCUCCACCCCCCUUGAUUUAUUAGAAAAGUGUAAAAAAAAAAUGGAUGUAUUAAGUUUGAGUUGUCAGCAGUAAAUAUCCCCACAUACUGCAAAUAUAUGUGCUGCAUUUUAAAAUUGUACAAUAUGAACAAUAUGGUUUAUCUUACUGUAGUUUCUUAAUGCACUUGAUUUAGAGUAUCAAUUUGAGAUAUAUUUGGUUUGCUAAUGGGUAAAGACUUAAAAUGUUAAGCAUGAUGUUAUUCUUUGUAUUUGGGAUUUAGUUAUUGUAUGUUACAGGUGACUGAAAAGCAUAAAACUGCAUGGAUUCAAUUAGCUUUUGCCAUUCCUUUUAUUUUGCAACAUCUCAAAUCAUAUUUUUUCUUCAUGCUCCAGUAAUAAUCUUCCCAUGACAAUAUUAUGUUCAGUAUUUAUUAUUUGUUGGUACUUUAAGGAUUUUUUUUUAGAUGUUAGCAUUUUUGCCUUAAUUUUCAUUCUUGCUAUCUGAACCUUUUAGCACUUUAAGGAUAAGUGAAUAGCGUUGAAAAUGGCUGGAAGUUUUUGUAUGAUUUUCAGCACUUCUAAUUUCUAGGUCAUCCUAUAAGAUCUGUUCAAUAUACAGUUAUUACUUUCUGUAAGUGUUGAUUAUUAUUUUCCUGUUUUUGGUUUACUCUCAUUGAAUGCAGAGAUGAAAUAGGAGGAUUACUGAUCACAUUUUUUUAAAAUUAAAUCAUAUUUUAGGAGUAAAUGUAUUACAUGUUAUGAAGUAAAACAUCUGUUGUGUUAGUUUUAGUAUAGCUAGUAUGUAGUGUGUGCCAAAUAUUUGUCUUCUUCAUUUGACUUUUAUUAACAUAUAUGUAUUCUAUUUUAAUGAUCUCUUUUUAUCAAUGCUGUAUAAUAUCUAAGUAAAAGUGAAUUUGUUAAAAAAUAUCUGUUUCAAAUGUGUGUUGCAGUAAAGUUUGUGUUUUAUAUGUUUCAUGAAGUUAUUUAUGAUGUGUAUUUUAAUAAAACAAAGCUCAGUAAAC